ACGGUAACGAACGGUUGAUAACAUUUUGAGUUGAAAGUAACAUGCAUGACCGUAGCAUCAACCUACUGAGUUUUCAUUUCAGUGCAUCGUGCUUACGGCGCGCGUUUUUUGUUAUUAUCAAGAACUGUGCAACAUAAAAUAUGCUACUUUAUUACCUUCAUAUCACUGUCGUAGUUUUCCCCCCGAACCAGAAUCUCCCAGUAUUAUUAACGGUGAAAAAUGCUUGCCACACGCGCAUUUCCCGUCCCUUUAUCAGCUGUUUCACUGUGCCCUGUCUCGGGGGGUUGACCUCGUCAAACGGCGCAUAACAACUUGUCCAUCACAGCAUACCACCCAGAGUCUAACUCGGACUCGGGUUCGUUAUGCUGCCGAACGGGAGAGGUGUCAGCAUAAUUCAAUUACAGCGUGAGCCGGGAGACACCCGGCAAAUCAUCCUAAUCACUAUCACUGCUUCCGUCUGUUUGCGGUGCAAUCAUGCGUUAAAUUAUUCUAGUCGAUAGCCUCAAAUUAAGACAGGGGUUAAUUGGUUCGCUUGAAUGCCAUUCGCUCUUCCCGCUGGUCGAGACCGAUAACCUCCACAGCCGGCAAUGCUUAUCACGGAAUCGGUUUCCAAAAGUGGUAAAAAAAUAACAAGCUGUACUGUUGGCCGCCAUAUCCACCGACACUGCACUGCCUCCGAAUAUGUUUGAACAGUUUAACAACACAGCGUUUAAGCACUUGGCUGUUAGCUGCUAUCGGUGCUCAUAUAUUUAUCAGUUCUUAUCUGAAGCCGUGCCCCGUGAAGUCGUGCCCCGUUUCGUUUGCCUUGCCUUAUCCUUGAUCAAACUCGGAACGAUAGGAAGUCUAUUUUAAAACAAGCUACUAGCCAAAGCGGCCACUGUUUAAAUGUUUUCAUCAAACCUUUUUUAAAGCUAGAAAAUAUCCCAUUUAAUGAACGAAUUGGAACCAACAUCCCUUAAGAAGCUCUCUGGCGCGUGCCAGUUGCCAUUUGAAUCGCGCGACAAAAGUGGCCAUAGAACGGGAUGAAAUCAUCUUGAUGGUACUAUGAAGCUGAACGAACAUCUGCAGAUCAUCGGCACUAACGUUAUACUGGUACCGUACGAGAGUAAGCAUGUUGAGAAAUAUCACCAGUGGAUGAAGAGCGAAGAGCUGCAGGAGCUAACCGCAUCCGAACCACUCACCCUAGAAGAGGAGUACCAAAUGCAGGCGAGCUGGCGUAAUGAUGAGGACAAAUGCACCUUUCUCAUUCUCGAUCGUCAGCGGUACGAAGAUACAAAGGACGAAAUCGGCGCACUGAUCGGUGACACGAACAUCUUCAUCCAAUCCCACCCCGAAGCAGAGGACGAUCAGUCACAGACAGAUCGGUUGGCGGGUGAAAUUGAAAUUAUGAUCGCCGAACCGGCGGCACGGGGGAAACGGUACGGCUGGGAAGCUACACUGCUGAUGCUGCUGUUCGGGGUGGAACGGUUGCAGCUACAGCACUACCUAGCGAUCACAAAGGACACAAACGCGAAAGCGAUGCGCAUGUUCGAGCGGAUGCAAUUUCGAGAAACCAAGCGUACUGCCAUCUUUCACGAGGUUAGCUUCGAAAGACCUGUUCAGGAUGAUUGGAUAAGUUGGAUGAAAGAUCAGGCAGGAUCGUACACGAUCGUACCCUACCCGGGCUAGGGGCAGAAGUACUGUUUAACGUUUCGGUUUAAACAUGGUUCCAACUUACACGGCCAUUGUUUGCUUGGUAGCAAAAGAGUUGUUGUUUUAUUCUUGUUACGCACGGUCGUCCGUCACUCGGCAUCUCUUCGGUCUGUUGCUUUUCGCACGACCGUCCUUCUGCACAGAAUAGUGCAUCAUCCUGUACUACGGAUUUGUUCUAAUAUUUAGCUAUUUUUGGCAAAUUAUUGUAGUUCCUUUUCGUUACCGUUUGUCGUUCCUACAUGCGCCACUUUCGAAAUAUAACUCUCACUUACUUAGUGCUAGGUAUUACACGCUACUACUAUUCGCUUCCGUACAGCUUCAAAAGUGUUGUAUAUACGCACACGAUGUUUUACUCGUAAUCCGUCCGCUCUCUACUUCCGGGCUUCAAUCAAUGUGGUAGUUUUGUGUAAAUGUUUGUGAGAGGGGGCAGUGCAUUGAUUUCAUUGUUGCUCAGUUACUCAGUGGCCAGUUCGUUUCGAUGCAUAUUUCGAUCCGGUUUUUUUUAGUGUUGCUUGUUUGUGUGAUUAUUGUAGUUCGUUUCUUCCUCCUUUCGCUUACAUUCUCAC